UUUUAGUUUCUCUAAACCUUCCUGGGGGAGGGUAGAAUGAUGUAACACAGUGUGUAUAUAAGUACAGGAAAGUCUGCUGCAAAACCCAGACUAGACACUUCUAAGUCUCUUCUCUUGCAGGGAAGCAGAAGUUGGUUUGCAGUCUGUCUAAAGCUCUUGUCAACAUGCCUGGAUGCACCUCUAUCAUCAACCUGAGCUACCAAGAUGGCAGCGAGGGGAGCAGCUCCAACCCUGCUAAGUACAACAACCAGAACUAUGGCCAGCUGAAGGACAAUCAUGCCCGCCAAGGAACCAAGUUUGUGGACAAAACCUUCCCACCUAACAACAGCUCCUUGGGAGACUUGCCCAAUUUGCCCAGCUGGCGUGAAGCUGAAGUGGAGUGGCUCCGUCCAGCAGAAAUCUUGAAAAGACAAGGCAUCAGUGAUGAGGCUGUUUUCUGCAACAAAGGAGCCUCACGGUUUGAUUUUGGUCAAGGCAGUGUGGGUAACUGCUGGUUUCUGGCUGCCAUUUCCGCCCUGACUUUCCAUAAAAGCCUGAUGGUGCAGGUUGUGCCUAUGGACCAGUCCUUCAAGGACCAUGCAGGGAUCUUUCACUUCAGGUUCUGGAGGUUCGGCCACUGGGUGGACGUGGUCAUUGAUGAUCACCUGCCAGUACUCGACAACAAUUUGCUAUCUGUCCGCUCAAAGGGUGGCAACGAGUUCUGGGUUCCUCUGCUGGAGAAAGCUUAUGCAAAAGUGUGCGGUUCAUACAAUGACAUGAACUCUGGCCUGCCAUCAGAGGCCUGCAAGGAUUUCAGUGGAGGCGUGAGCAUGAUGUACGAGCUUAGGGAGGUCCAUGACUAUGAUGACCAUGAUAAGAAGCUGUGGCUGUCACUCAGCAAUGCCACUGGCUGCAACUCAAUGGUUUGCUGUGGGACUGCCCAGAAAGGGGGUAAAUUGGUGAACACCGUAGCAAACACUGGGCUGGUGGAUGCUCAUGCCUAUUCUGUCACAGCAGUAACAGAGGUUCAGUAUUACGGUUCCAAAGUGCAUCUGGUGCGAGUCAUGAAUCCUUGGGGCCAAACAGAGUGGAGCGGAGACUGGAGUGACAAGUCAGAGAAGUGGAAUGGAGUUACCUCAGAAGAUCGGGAAAAGUGUUUCGACCGGGAUGAUGGAGAGUUCUGGAUGUCAUUGGAGGACUUCUGUCACUACUUCCUUAUGCUGUUCAUCUGCUGUGAGAACCCUAACUUUAUUGACGGAGACCUCUCCUGCCAGUGGCAGUGCAUGGUUUACGAGGGCAGCUGGGUCUCAGGCAAAAGUGCAGGCGGAAGCUGGUCAAACUCUUCCUUCAACACAAAUCCUCAGUACCGCAUUGAAGUGACUAAAAUCGAUGAGACAGAGAAAGAAGACAAGAACAUCCUGAUUUCCCUGAUGCAGAAACCUAAGUCAGAGAAUCGCAAACAGCAGAGAUCCUACCCUAUUGGAGUCACUGUCUACAAGAUUCCAGAAGGGGUAAGAGCAAACCUCACACUCCUUCUUCACACCAAACAUAUUUCACAUUUAAAAAAAAACAGAAUAAUGAUGACAAGAUUCUCAGGAUAAUAUUUCAUCCCAUGAAAUGAGGUUCAUAUUCUUUACAGACACCAUCAGGACGCCUGCAGCGUUCCUUCUUCGACACCAACAGGCCCAUGAAACAGACACAGUCUUACACCUACAACAGGGAACUUGUUGAACAGCACAGCCUGGUGCCUGGAGAGUAUGUGAUCAUCCCCUCCACCAUGAAGCCCUACAUGGAUGCAGAGUUUGCUCUCUCCGUCUUCACUAAAUCCGAAGCUAA